AUGACAACACUUUCCGCCGUACCCAAGCGCUUCAAGCUGAUAUUUUUCGUCCCAUCGUCAGGACUUCCAGCCUGUAAAGCUGCUAUCUUCGCCGCCGGAGCUGGACGUUAUCCAGGCCCUGGAAAUUAUACUGAAUGUUGUUGGGCUACGACAGGCACUGCUCAAUUUCGACCAGGUGAUACUGCAAAUCCAAAUAUUGGAACUGUAGGUGCGUUGGAAGAGGUGCAAGAAGUCAGGUUCGAGACUUUGUGUGUUGGCGAGGAGACCAUUAAGAAUGCGGUUGCAGCUUUGAAGAAAGUUCAUCCAUAUGAGGAACCGGCUUAUGAAGUUUAUAAGCUGGAGGAUUAUUAA